CGACGUCUCCUAUCAUGGCUAUCUAUAAACGCCGGCCGGCCACACCAUGCCUUCUCCUCCUCCUCCUCCUCCUCCUCGUCAACAGCUAGCCAGCAAGAAGCAGAGCAGCUCAGAACCGAGCACAGACCGAAGCGGAGCCAAACGAAAGAAGGGAUCUAACCUAGCCAGCCGGCGAUCGACCGAGAGAUGGCGCGGUGGUGUCAGCUGGCGGCGGUGCUGCUCGCCGUGUCGAUGGCGGCGUCGACGACGGUGGCGCAGGACGCGCUGCAGACCAAGUGCCAGGAGGACCUGCAGAAGCUGUCAGACUGCAUGGACUACGCGACGGGGCACGAGGACACGCCGUCGGCCAAGUGCUGCGAGGACACGGCGGACACGCAGAAGUCGCGGCCCGAGUGCCUCUGCUCCAUCAUCCAGCAGGUGCACAGCGGCAGCCACGGCGUGCAGCAGCUCGGCCUCCGCUUCGACCGCCUCCUGGCCCAGCCCGCCGCCUGCAAGCUCCCCAACGCCAACGUUUCCCUCUGCAUCAACCUGCUGCACCUGACCCCGAGCUCGCCAGACUACGCUCUCUUCGCAAAUGCUUCCAAGAUUACUCCGUCCACUGCCGCGCCAGCGAGAGACACCGCCGACGGCUUCAAGGUUCCGACGGGGCUCGGUUAUGGCGUCGUGGCGGCGGCCGUCGUCUCUGCUGUCUUCUCAUCCAUCUUCUGAUUUUUGGACAAGCACACGCUCUUUUAUCCUCUCCCUUUCUUCUAUCCUUCAUGUUUGUUUACAUAACUCUGCAAGUUCCCACACAACGACACGAUGCUUUAGAUGAUCUAUAUCUACUCACGUGGUAAGAGGAUUCGUUCGGAUGACUUACUCUUGUUUUACCCCAGACAAGUAGAUGGAAAGUUGAGACUUGUGUUUCUUCAUGUGGAAGUGAUGGUUUGUAGUAAUAUCCUGAAAAAAUGUGGUUA